AUGGAAAGCUUGGGCAGCUACAACGUCAAUCCCCUACGAUCCAUUGCAUGUGAGGUUUUCGAUAUGAGUGGAUCGGACAAUUUUUGGUUUAAGAUGCUUGCCGAGAAUCAAGGCGCGGAGUGUCUUAAUCCACCCGACGGAUAUGCGUCUUUAAAUACUCACGGCGCUAUACGUAUAAUGUAUCAGGAACUGAUGAAUAACUGCCGCAAUUCAUCCAAUUAUGAUGCGGUUAAUAUAAUCAGACCUGUCACUAUUCCAACGGGUGUGGGUGACGAAUCCGUUGAGGCGCAAUAUUUGGGAGUAUCCAUGGAUUAUGCAGUGAGUAUUGACGAUUUCCCCACUCCUAGUACCCUCUAG